AUGGACGGAGGAGCAGUAGUCAGUGGCGGCGAGGCCAGCGCUGCCAGCGCUGCAGCAGGAGCCCAUGCAGCUGGCGAAGGAGCAGCUCCAGUGCACAGCAGCCACCACCAUGCCGAGGAUCACGCCAAUACUCAGCAGACAUUCGUUUAUCACCGGGAGCAGGACUCCCCUCAACCCAAAUCACGGCCGAUUUCACUGUCCGACUUGCAAGAAGCUCGUAAACGUUAUCUAGAGCCGAUUACGCAUUCCGCUUCGGAUUUGGAGCAUUAUUUUACCGGUCCUCGUGAUAUCAGCAGACACACCAAAUGGCCCCUCUUUCUCCGAAUGGACGGCAGCAUCCUGCCGCGCCUGAUUCUUCCCUUGAUUUUCAUGGCCGGCUGGUCCACGGCAAUUACGUGCAUUCAUAUUAUAGUUCAUCCUCUGACUGUGUCCAACAUUCUGCUUACUGUCCUCGGUUUCGUGGUCGGUUUGGCCCUGUCGUUCCGAAGCACGACUGCCUACGAACGUUAUGCCGAUGGCCGCAAGUACUGGGCUUCGGUCAUUCAGACAUCCCGCAAUAUGGCCCGUACUAUCUGGGUGCAUGUCAAGGAACGUCCUGGCGAGGAGGGAAAAGAGGAUGUUCUCGGCAAAGUAACCGCCAUGAACUUGCUUCUCGCCUUCUCCGUCGCGCUCAAACACAACCUCCGCUUCGAGCCAGCCAUUGCCUACCAAGACUUGGUCGGUCUAGUCGGUCACUUGGAAACAUUCGCCAAGGAAGCACACGACCCGGAACUGUUGACCCCUCCCCGUCACUCGCUCUGGAAACACGCUGGCAUGUAUCUCGGAGUCACAUUCGCAGAAUCCAAUCCCCGAAAACUGAUCAAGCGCGCAAAGAAGCCACUGGGUCAUUUGCCUCUGGAAAUUUUGAACCAUUUGUCUGCGUAUAUUGAGCACUGCGAAAAAGGGGAACUUCUCAAGUCGGCGUUGCACCAGGGUCAACUCAUCAACUCGGUCGCUGCAUUGAACGAAGCCCUGACCGGCUCCGAGCGAGUCCGCGAUACACCCCUGCCCGAAGCUUAUAGCAUUGCCAUUUCGCAAAUCUCCUGGAUCUAUAUCCUGGUCCUGCCCUUCCAGCUAGUCAGUCUGAUGAAUUGGAUUGCCAUUCCCGGAUCAAUUGUGGCCGCAUACAUCAUCCUCAGCUUCGUCGCCAUCGGCCGCGAACUCGAAAACCCCUUUGGCGACGAUGUCAACGAUCUCCCCCUCGACUCGUACUGCCGCCAGAUCGCCUCCGAAAUCGACAUCAUCACCGCCACCCCGGCGCCCAAGAUGAUGGACUUUAUGAAAAGCAGCGACAACUUUGUAUUCUACCCAUUGAGUCUGGAAGGUUUCGAUAAGUGGCAGGAGCGUAGCAUGUCUGAGAUUCGGGCUGCGCUGAGGACAAAGGUGAUUGCCCAGAAGAAGGCUCUUGAUGAUGAGGCUGGGAUUGUGACUUUUGCGCCGAAUUUGAAGUCGGAUGAUUGA